UCUUCCGAACAUAGUUAUUAUAUGUGUGCGCUUCUCGCUGCCUUGUCAGUCUUCAUACCUUCCCCUGCUGCAUCGUUCGAGCUCAGAGGUGUUAUAUUUUUGGGGAUGGAGAGCGAGGAGAAGAGAGUGAAGAGGGCACGUGUGCUGGAAGCCCGGGCUAGAAACAUUAGUCACAAUGUUCGUUGCACCGAGUGUGGGAGUCAAUCUAUCGAGGAUUCGCAAGCAGAUAUUGCUAUUCUUCUCAGGAAGUUGAUUCACAAUGAAAUUCAGGCUGGCAAAACUGACAAGGAGAUCUUUAAAAAGCUUGAGGAUGAUUAUGGUGAGACAGUGCUUUAUGCCCCACGAUUUGACAUGCAGACAGCGGUGCUGUGGUUAUCACCGGUUAUAGUUGGAGGUAUUGCAGGAGGAGUAUGGGCUUACAGCAAGCACAGGCAAAAUACUAAUGUGCACAUAAUGGCUCUGAACCUUGUUAGAGGUACAAGUGCUGAUAUUAUGAAGGUUGGUGGAUACAAGUUAUCUGCUUUAGAAAUUGAAGCAACUCUUUUAGAGCAUCCUGCUGUGUCGGAGUGCUGUGUCUUGGGCUUACCGGACAAGGACUAUGGUGAAGCUGUUUCUGCAAUAAUUGUGCCAGAACUUAAUGUAAAGGAGAGACGAGCACAAGAGUUGAAGCCUGCUAUAAGUUUGGUAGAACUUUGCACUUGGGCUAAAGAUAAACUUGCCCCUUACAAGCUACCAACUCAAUUGUUCCUGUGGGACGCACUGCCUCGGAAUGCUAUGGGAAAGGUCAAUAAAAAGGAGUUGAAGAAAAAGCUUGCUGCUGGAGGGCAUUGACUUGCUUUUGCAAGAAUGUCCAUACUUUAAUAACUUGGAAAUGUGUCUCUUCUUCUAGCACUCUUCAAUUGUGCCAUUGUGCCAUUUUUUGUUGUUAAAUCUCGUAAGACAGUUCAAACUAUCUUAAGCCAGAUAUUAGUUUAGCUGGAAGGAAAUCAAACAUUUAAAUUGUGGGGGAGGAUCCUGAAAGUUGAAUUGUAUAUCUUAGAUGUGUCGAAUAUUUAAUCCCUUUUCCAUUGUGAACAUUUGAAUAAAACAUGGCUUAAGACGUAAA